AGAGUCCAGACCAGAAGCCAAAGUUGCUCUUGUCCAACUGAUAGAGGCGAGACUUUUCAAAGGUCUCUGAAUCCAUUAUCUUGCCCAGCUCAGUGGGCACAUGCAUUGUUGUCCUGUAGAUCUUCCUCUGUGAAAGACAAAAACAGACAAAACAAUGAAGAACACAAUUUUGGGAGCAGCGAGUCUGUGGCCGUGAUUACUAUCCAGGCAGUGACCCUGGUCUGUCUCCAUAGAUACUACAAAACACUCUGGAUAAAAUCGAGCAAUGGACGAGGAUCAGUCUUCUGAGGAGACUACAUUUGUUGUGGACGAGAUUACCACAGUUAUCAAAGAAGCUGUUGAAAGCACCAUUGGAAACAGCUCUUACCAGCACAGUAAAAUCAACCAGUGGAUGUCAAGCAUUGUAGAGUCAAGUCUAAGCCAGCUAACUAAAUUAGGAAAGCCUUUCAAGUACAUAGUGACAUCCAUCAUACUCCAAAAAAACGGGGCAGGUUUGCACACUGCCAGCUCGUGUUUCUGGGACAACAGUACAGAUGGUAAGACAUAUUGUAAGACUGGGCAAGUAUUUCAGAUUUCAUUUUCUUACUUUCAAGCAAAAUGGCCCAAAUCCAAGCUUAGUUGAGAAAUUGCUUUUAAUGACACUGACUUUUGUUUUUCUACAGGGAGUUGCACAGUACGAUGGGAGAAUAAAACCAUAUACUGCAUAGUUAGUGUUUUCGGGCUUUCCAUUUGAGGAUGAAUAUCAACAUGUAGGCCUGUCUCCCAUUUUUGUAAGCCUCAUAAACAAGCAACGAUGUCCCCGUUUAAUUUGAAUAAAACUUGAAUAAAUUUAUUUGCAAUUCUAAUUCUGCAUGUGUGUUUUCUUAGUGUAUAUAAAACAAACUAAAUGUAACAUGGAUCUUGUCGAGUCGUUUACAGUGAUUGGUCUGAUGUGUAUACAACAUUCUGUCACAGUCGCCUCUGGCUUGCUCAGAUGGGGACACUUAAUUUCUACCGAAUAUCGUCAAUUUGAUCUCACAGACACCAUUUAAACUAAACUGAGCUAAACAAUGACAUCUCUGAAUUCAAUAAUGAAAUGCCAUUAACUGAAAAUUGAGUGUUUAAUC